AUGUCAUUAACAUAUUGCUUACGUAAAAAACCAAAAAUUGGUUUUGAAAAGAAAAAAGCUAUUCAUAGAAGAUUUUCAAAAUUAAAAUCAUUUACAUAUAGAUAUAUUAUUAACUUGAAAGGAGAUUUUCAUGAUGAACAAUUUGAAGAAGAUUUAGAUAUUGAAGAAGUUAAAAAUUAUGUAUAUGAUAAUGAUUUUGAAAACUUAUAUAAAAAUGAUGCUA